UCAAAAAAUUCCUUCUUGUAGUUGUUGGUUGUACUCUCUCCUUUCUCUCAGCUUUUUCAGACUACUUUGUUGGAAAACAAGGAGAUGAAGUAAAGAAUGAGGAUCAAGUGUUUCAAUGACAACGAUUUGAAUUCAUAAAUCACUUGUUUUUGGAAACUUUCACUUCAUUCUUUAUGGUUUGAACUUUGAAGUUGAUCAGGAUCUGUUCUAUUUGAGUUUCACAACUAUGCAUAUAGGUCAAACGAAAACAGCUUCAGUAAAAUGUCUGAUCAACAGCAUUUCUCGAUUCGUUCUUUUGGUUUCUUGCCAAACAGUGAAACCUAUACCCUUCCAGAAGAUCUGCAAUAAUAUGGUCGGUGUGUUAAAGCGUUUGAAGCCAGUGCUCGAUGACAUUAUGGAUUACAAUGUUCCUUUACACGAAAAUUUAUGUAUAGUAUGCGAAGAAUUAGAUAUCCGGGUUAAUGAAGCAAGAGAUUUCAUUGAAAAAUGGGGUCCUAAGAUGAGCAAGAUUUACAGUGUUCUACAAAGCGGAACAUUGUUGAUCAAGAUACAAAACACUUCACUCGACAUUUGUCACAUGAUAGUUAAAUCGUUACUGUCACCUCCGUCUGCAUCGGUUUUGGCUAACCUCCAGCACUAUAUUGAAGAACUUCAGUGUCUCAAGAAGGAAACGGCAAUGGUUUUUAUAGAAAAGGAACUGGAAAACCGAAAUAUUGAACCUUGCAAUGAGAAUCUAAAGGAAAUUAUUGAGUUACUUAACUUGACAUCAAACCAGGAGCUCUUGAAUGAAACUAUUGCUGUGGAAAAAGAAAGAUUGAAUGCGGGAGAACACAAAGUGAAAGGAAACAUGGAAGAAAUCAAUCAAGUUGUGAACCUUGUUCGCAACUUACGUGAUUAUGUGGUUAAAACCGAGUAUUUUGCAGUCGAAAGCGAUGUCUCUUUCCCUCCAUACUUUCGCUGUCCUUUAUCAUUAGAACUCAUGUUGGAUCCUGUUAUUGUGGCUUCGGGUCAAACAUACGAGAGGCAAUCCAUUCAAAAGUGGCUCGAUCAUGGGUUGAAUGUUUGUCCGAAGACUCGUCAAAGACUGACUCAUACAAAUCUCAUUCCGAAUUAUACUGUCAAAGCUAUGAUAUCAACUUGGUCCGACGAAAAUAACACCAAUUGUUUGAGUAACUCUGAGCAUAAUACUGGAAAUGUAUUUGAAGAACAAAAGGGUGAUAAUUCUUUCGGAUCACAUGUAGAAAUAGAAAAGUGGGAGCUACAAUCCCCGUAUAUUCACAGCAGAAGUGAAUCAUUUUCGAGUUCGAUUUCUAGUAGCGAUUGUUUACUCGCAGUUUCAAAAGAUGUGUCAAGGAUGUCCGAUAAGCAUCAAAAUGUGAAGGUGUCAUCCGUAGAUCCGGGAGGGAUGGAAAAUGGGGGAAACAAUAACAGUAAUACUACUAAUAGUUAUUUAGGAGUUGAUUCUCAUCUCGUGUCAAACUCUGGAUUUAGUGAAUUGACCACAUCGUCUCAUGUCAAUAAAUUGAUCAAAGACCUCCGAAGCCAAUCAAUUGAAGCGCAAACUUCUGCUGCAGAAGAAUUGAGGCUCCUUACAAAGCAUAACACAGAAAACCGUAUCAUUGUAGGACAAUGUGGGGCUAUCACACAUUUACUUUCGCUGCUAUACUCAGACGCAAAAGUAACGCAAGAGCACGCCGUGACAGCGCUGCUGAAUUUGUCGAUAAAUGAAGACAACAAGGCCUUGAUUAUGGAAGCAGGAGCUAUAGAGCCCCUUAUCCAUGUUCUAAAGGCAGGAAACGACGGUGCCAAGGAGAAUUCUGCAGCAACGCUAUUCAGCCUCUCUGUAAUGGAGAAUGGUAAAGCGAAAAUCGGCCGUUCCGGUGCAGUUAAAGCUUUGGUGGAACUUCUUGCCUCAGGAACAAUUAGAGGAAAGAAAGAUGCUGCUACUGCUUUAUAUAACCUGUCAAUAUUUCACGAUAAUAAAGCUCGUAUAGUUCAAGCUGGAGCUGUGCAAUUUCUGGUUCGGUUAACGGAUCCUGCUGAUGGAAUGGUUGACAAGGCUGUUGCUCUUCUGUCAAACCUGUCGACGAUUUCCGAAGGAAGGUUGGAAAUUGCAAGAGAAGGUGGCAUUCCUUCAUUAGUUGAAAUCGUUGAAUCGGGUUCUCAGAGGGGAAAAGAAAACGCUGCUUCCAUUCUCUUACAGCUAUGCCUUCAUAGUUCCAGGUUUUGUACACUUGUUUUACAAGAAGGAGCUGUACCUCCUCUAGUUGCAUUAUCUCAAUCUGGUACACCAAGAGCAAAGGAAAAGGCACAACAACUUCUCAGCCAUUUUCGUAAUCAGCGGGAAGGAGCUAAGACGAAGGGAAAAUCAUGAAGAUAGAGAUUUUUUGGUUAUUUCAUUCCUCCCUUCUUUCCUAAGUAAUUUGCUAUAAUCCUAUUCCUCUAGAUUCCAUAGAUUUAGGAAUCCUUUCAUUCCAUUCUUUUAAUUUUUUACUUGUAUCAUUUUGGAAACUGUUUUAUCUUGAUGGCUGUCAUUUGGUGAGUCUCACCGAAACUUCAUAGAUAUAAAAUGUGUUCGGUAUCUGAAGCUGAUACAUCGUCAUAUGAGUCUGGUGUUUGACACUGAUACAUACAAUGUCGACAGAUGUACUUACUUUGUCAGUGUCUCAUUUCUCCCUAUAUUGUUUGGAAUGAGUAUCUAUUUUCCAACUUUGGUAUUGGUUUUAGUUUUCAUUC